AUGUUCAAAAAUUUCGAGUUCAUCCUUCCACCGGGCCUCAACGACCGGGGCCGAAUAAGGAAGCUGCUUGUUGAUAAUGCUGGUAAGGAGAAGUUGAGACGGGCUGGUGAUAGGGGGACUUCUGAACAGGACAUGGUCCUCCUCGACCCUGGGCAGAUCAAGGAUGCUCAUGGCUUCAAGGGCAUGGCAGUGGACGUAAGGUUCAUAACAAACUCGGUAGCAGCUGGAGUCCUGGAGAGGUGCAGUGACUAUGUGGUCACGCCUUCGGACCCUAUACCACUAGCAUACAAAGUCAGCUUCCCUUCUAGACGCCAUGCUGCCCAUACCAACUAUACUGAGGAGGACGACUUUGCUAUAUUCUGCUUUAUUGUGAAUAAGAUACCAGAGUACACUAGGAAGGGGAAGACUGUGCCAGUGAGGGGGAAUAAGAUAUGGAUGGAGGCUGAGGCCAAGGAUAUAGCUGCUCCCCAUACUCACGAGAGUAUGCGGACUAGAUGGAUGAAGUUCAUCGAGCCGCGGUAUCAGGAGUUUGCUGCUCGUCUUGCGGAGGAAAAGAAAAGGGCGAGGAGGGCUGCGACUAAUACAGCGGAAAGCGGGUCUAGCCAGGGUAUAGGGCAGAGGGAGGGGGAUCAUGGGAGGGGCAUCCCUGAGCGAGAAAGGAGGGGGAGGCCGGCGGCUAAGAGGCGUCGGGGGUCAGAGGCACCUGUGAUGCCAUUCGAUAGCAGACGACUGAGUGAGUCCUUCUUGUCCUUCAGAGAGGAUGAUGUUAGUGUUGAAUCAGCACGCAGUACUGUUGUCGAGGAGAGGCAGCCCCGGAGGGCCAGAGGACAGGCGAGUGGUGGUGAUAGUCAGCAAAGUGGGGCGGGUACGAGCGACGAGCUGUGGGAAGGGUCGGUGUUUGUCGAUGCUGAGGAGCCAGUGAUAAAACUGAGGACUGAAGAGGAUCGACAGGAGGCGUCAUCAGCCUCCUUCUCUUCUAGUAGCACGUAUGAGAGUAUCAUAUGCGAUACACCACCAGAGGGGAUGGUGGGGGAGGGAGGAGGCCCAGGGGCUCGGCAUGAGCCCUUGGAAUCUGGAGUGCCCUUGCGUAGGGGGGAAGAUGGAAAUCACUGUGGACGGUCGAAGUCAACUCUGGUACCUGGCCUGGGGAAGAGGACCCAGAAGCGGCCCUAUAGGAGCGAGAGUGACUUUGUCCCUCGAGCUAAUGAGCUGAUAGCCUUUAUGGAGCGAGUGGAAACGGAAAACGAUUUUAAAGCACAGUGGGUGGCUGACAUACUGGAAUGGGAGGAGGGGUCAUCUAGGAGGACGAUGGAGAUAGCACGGGCGUUGAGGGAGGUCGCGGAGGAGCUAGAGGUGCCACAGAGUGUGGUUAUGAGGGUGUAUGCUUACAUUGGUAAUGUAGGAAGGACGCAGGAGAGGGUGGAGGCAAUACAGGCCUUACAGGAGAAGACGGGGGUGCGGUAUGAAUGGGUGUUGUCAUGGAUGGAGGCUGAAGGCUUUGAUGAGGAAAAGGUGGAGAAGUACAUCGGUCGGUAUAGCAGUGACUGA